GCUACUUUGCUGAUACAACGUUCAAUCAGUUGUUCUCCGGGCUUUGUCUUGACAAGAUAUUCCGAUUUGUUAAGAAAUUUAUUUUUUUGAGUUCUCAAUAUGAUGGGUGACGAUAUUAGUGACGAACUUCCUCCAGAACAAAUUGCCAUUCUUCAAAAGGCAUUCAAGAGUUUCGAUCAUGACAAUAGCGGAAGUAUUUCCUCCGAAACUGUCGCCGAUAUUCUUCGUUUGAUGGGACAACCCUUCGAUCGCAAGAUUCUCGACGAGCUCAUCGAAGAAGUUGACGAAGACAAAUCGGGUCGCAUCGAGUUCAGUGAAUUCAUUCAACUUGCUGCCCGUUUCAUCAUUGAGGAAGAUGUUGAAGCCAUGCAAAAGGAGUUGCGCGAAGCCUUCCGCUUGUACGACAAAGAAGGAAAUGGUUACAUCCCAACCCGAUGCCUUCGUGAGAUCUUGCACGAAUUGGAUGAUCAACUCAGCGAAUCAGAACUCGACAGCUUGAUCGAGGAAAUUGACUCGGAUGGCAGCGGUACAGUUGAUUUCGAUGAAUUCAUGGAAAUGAUGACUGGCGAGUAAAAUGUUGCACUAAAAAAGAAGUCAAAGCUGCCCAAGAUCCUACUUUUUUAUACUGAAUUUACUGAUUAUUAUUUUUUUGUCUACGAUAUUUAUUCUAUUUAUUUAUUUUUCUACAUUUUAAGAUGGUGAAAACAUUUUCUCAUGUAAUUUACUUUAUUUUUUAUGAAUAAAUUUGUGGCGACUAGAUACAGACACAAAAAAUUGAAAAGAGUUUU